GCUGCGUCGCGCGUCUGCUGGAUAUCACGCGAGCCGCGCGGCGACAGUGGUUGCUCUAAAAGCAUCAACGACGCAGCGGCAACCAUGGUCUUCCUCCUCUCCGCACUGGCGUCACUGCCCAAAUGGCUCUACAUGCUGCUCGCGGCGCCGACCUGCCUCUGGCUCGCCGCCUACGUCCUCCCCCUGUUAUACAUUCGGUUGCGAGGCACGCAGGACCUCAAGAAGAAGUAUGGUGCGGAGUGGGCCCUCGUGACCGGCGGCUCGACGGGAAUAGGGAGAGCCAUCGCCGAGGCGCUGGCCCAGCAGGGUUUAAAUGUGGUCGUCCAAGGUUUAGAACCUGAAUUAACCCCGGCCAUCAAGGAACUGCAGACGAGGUACGCCUCCCAACAGUUCGUGGGCGUCGCAUGUAGCUUUGCCCCGGGCGGCGAUUAUCUGGACAAGAUCAAGCAAGCGACCGCCGGAAAAGACAUUCAACUGGUCUUCAACAACGCGGGAUUUAUUGUCACGGGUUUCUUCGACUCCCAGCCCCUCGGCAAGCAUCUGGUGAACAUGGAGUGCAACGCUACGGCAGCCGUAGCUAUUACCCAUCAUUUCGCCUCGCUCAUGGUCAAGAACAACAAAAAAGGAUGCAUUGUAUUUACCUCGAGCGCCUCGGCCUACAUCCCGAACCCCUUCGCUAUUAUAUAUGGUGCCACAAAAGCGUUCAUGUCGCAGUUCGCCGCGUCGAUCGCGGUGGAAUUGCAGUGCAAGGGCAUUGAUGUUUGUGUGGUCCAUCCUUCACCGGUCGCGUCGCACUUCUACAAUAAAGUGGAGCACAAGAUCGACUCGAUGGAGUCCUUUAAAAAAGUGGCCGUGGCGCCGUCCGAACUGCCGGGAGAUAUUUUUGCUUCGGUCGGAAGAUGUGUGCUGCGGGAUGUUGGUGGGACGGCGAUUGGGAUGCGCCUGGGCGUGUCGUUGUUGCCCUACAACGCUCUCGCGCAUUUGAUUGCUGUGGUCGCGCCGUUCCUGCCCGACUACAAGCAGAACGACAAGGGGCGCGGGAUGGCGUCGAGCUGAGGGCUCGCGGCGACGGCGUGUUUAUCGGGUAAAUUUCCCAUUUACUAGGUUA